AUGGAGGAUCUGAUGCGCUCGUACUGCGACGACGAGUCGGAGGGAUUCGACAUCGAGGACCUCGUGGAUCUUGCCUACUCGGACCACUCGUCGGACGACGAGCAGCCGAUGGCCACGUGUCCCACUGCGCCUCCCUCGCGAGAGGAAUCCGACCAGGACGACGAGAGUGACGAGGACACCAGCAGCAACGAGGACGAGGUUCGCACCACUCAGGAAGCUACCUCGCCUGUCGAGAUAAAUUCGGACUCGGAGGACGAAGAGGUCCCGCCUUCUACUCCACGCGCGGCGGCCCCCCUCGUCGAGACGCCCCCACCUCCGGCAGUCCCAAUCGAGACGUCCAAGGCGGCUGUUCGGGCCACUGCGAUUCCGGGUCGGGGCACUGGUCGCGGUCGAGGCCGUGGUCGCGGUGGAUCGACCGCACCCGCUACCCCUCGCAACGAACGUCCCUCGAGCUCAUUCAGCUCUCCCAGCACUUCGACCACGAGCAGCGGUGGUACGAGUGCCAGCACGCCUGCCAGUUCCCAGGACAGUCUGCCGACCAAGUCUUCGCCCGCAUCUCCGUCGCCCGAAGGCAUGCCUAGGAAGCGCAAGCGCACGCUGUCGCAGCUCACCGUUCCCGCACCCAGCGAUGUGGCGGCCAACAUGGGCGACCGCAUCGUCCAGGCCAUCGCGGCCGCGGCCACGCCCGUCACGCCGGAGAAGACGUACAAGCGAAAGCCAAAGCCCGCCCCAGCUGCCAGCGAGCCUUUCCCUCAGCCUGAGACUCCUGCACUCGAGGCCGGGGCUAAGCAGCCUGAGCCGGUGGGUGGAUCCACGAACUCGCCCAAGACGACUUCCCCCAAGAAAGCCAGCCGUUCCAAGCCCACCAGAAAGACUGGACACUGGACUCGCGAAGAGAUGAUGCUGUUGUUCCACGAAGUGUUUCCGCGCAAGUACGACUUGGCGUGGGACGUAGUUGCUCGUGCAGUCGGACGCGACGAGACGGAAUGUUCGGCCAAGGUACCUGCGCUGAUCUCGGAGCUUGAAGACUUCCUCAUGUCCGACAAGCCGGGUGGAAGCGAAUUCAGGCCUGCGUGGCGAGUUGACCGGCCAUACGAUGGUUCCGCUCCACUGCCAAGACCUGAGGCCGAUCCGACGUCGAUCCGACCCAAGGAUGGUCGGAUCAACACGAUCUACCGCGAAACGCGUGCGCGCUUCUACGGCAACUGCUCCUCCACCUUUGCUCUUUCGAGAGGAGCUUGA